CCUAAUUGUUGUGAUAAACUUAUUAAAUAGAGAAACUGCAUAAUGGUAGGGUCUUCAAUGCAGCCAUCCAAAUGUUAUUAUGAACUGCUUCAAGUCGAACAAACAGCUACUGAUGAUGAGCUGAAGAAGUCGUACAGAAAAUUAGCUCUUAAGUUGCAUCCAGACAAAAACCCUGAUAAUGAAGAAGCUCAAAAGCUGUUUCAGGAGCUUCAAGAGGCAUAUGAAGUAUUGAGUGAUCCACAAGAACGAGAAUGGUAUGACAGACACAGAGAAGUCCUUUUGUAUGGAGGUGAUGAUUACCAAGAUAAGCUAACUCAAAAACUCUUGAAUUACUUCAGACGACAAUGCUUCAAAACGUUUGGAGAUGCUGACGACGAUUUCUAUGCAGUGUACCGGAAAGCAUUCGAAGAAAUUAGCACAGAAGAGGCCAAAUUUCCGAGGAACUCAAGCGACUACCAGAACAAGAAGAGUCAGAAAAAUCGCAACGUGGAUGAGGCACAGAAACCACCUGAUUUUGGCACUUCGUCUGACAGUUCUGAAAAAGUGAGGGAAUUCUAUUUGUGGUGGGAGUGUUUCUCCACCAGACGCAGUUUCGUCUGGGAGGAGGAGUUCAACACGAGAGAGGCACCCAAUGGCAAAGUGGCCAAAUUGAUGGAGAAGGAAAACAAGAAGUUGAGAGCAGCUGCGAAAAAAGAGUGGAACGAGAACGUCCGAAUGCUAGUUUCUAAAGUGAAGAGACGAGAUCCGCGAGUGAAAAAGUAUCUGGAAGAAAAAAGAAUAGCCGAUGAGAAGAGAGAAGCUGAAAGAAAACAGCGGGAAAUUGAGAGGCAGAAUCAGAGAAUUCAGGAACAACAAGCAAGUGUAGAGGCAUACAAAGCAUCCGUAGCUGCGGCAGCUAGUGCGAAAGCUACAGAAGCGGAGGCGUUAACAUCUGCUACUAAAAUUGCACAUGAAGAUGACACUUCUGAUUCCGAAGCAGAAGAAGUCGCGUACAUGUGCGAACUGUGCGAUAAAUCUUUUAAAAAUGAAAACAGUUUUUUGAACCAUCAAACUUCGAAGCUGCACUUGAAAAUGGUUGAAAAAUAUUCAGCCGAGUUAGAAGAAAUCUCUGAAAGUGAAAUUGAUGACGAUGAUGAAAAUGAUGUCACAGAAACUGAUGGUGUAAAUAAUACGUCAACAGAAAAAGAAAAUGGAGCAAAUUCUAACCAAUCGGAAUCUAGUUGCGAUGAAAACGAAUUCGACCCAAAUGAACUCAAAUGUUUAUUUUGUAAUAAAGACUUCAAAACUAUGAAUGCAAAAGAAAGUCACGAGAGAAGUAAGAAGCAUAGAGAUAUUGUGAAGAAGGCGAAAAUUGAGAUGGAAAAAGAGUUGAAAGUAGCGAAGAGCUCAACUGUCAAAACAUGCGCAAAUUCAGACAGACCAAUAAAACAGACUGAAACUUUGGAUGAAAACGAGGAUCACGGUGAUAGUCCAAAUGAUGAUGAGUUUCUGCAUCGUUUUGCCGAGAGUGUGGAUACUUCCAACGGUAAAAACUCCAAAAAGUCGAAAGGCGCCAAAAUUCCAGAAUUAGACGAAAAUGAUGACGAUGGAGACAAAACAGUCGAGACAAUUGAGUCAAAAAACGGUCAUAUCAAAAAUGAACAGUCACAAUCUCAAGCAGGUGAACGAAAACCCAAACAGAAGAAAAAGAAAAGUAAAAAUAAACCGGACCUUGUCUCCAAUUCGAACAAUACAGAAGGUGGUUUGACGUGUGCAGUCUGCAAGUUCGAAGCGCCCUCUCGCAACGGUCUUUUUAAACACCUCAAAGACACAAAACACGCCAUCAUCAAAUGAAAUUUCUAAUUCAAGUUUCACAUUCUUCCUUUUUCUCAGUGAAAUUUGCUUUGGAAUGAAGAAAUU